AUGCCUAAAAAGAUUAGACUAAAAAGAAAAACAUUUGCCAAAAUUGUAUUAGGAUUAUGCAUUGGAAUACUUUUCUCAUCUUGUUGUAGACAUAAAAUAUUACCAUGCGCGUCAUUAGCAGGUAAAUGUUGCGAUACAGUCCAUGUAAACAAUAAUGCCAGUAUAAGCGUUGACCAUCACACAUUUAACAAAAACAAUGUUGUACCAAACGUUGUAGUUGAAGGCUUAUAUCUAAACCAUAAAAUCAACAAAAAUGACAAAAAUUUCCUUCUAAUUGGUGUGAUGACAACAAAGGAAUAUCUCGAUACCCGAGCUGUUGCUGCCUUUAAUACUUGGACCAAUUCUUGUAGCGGAUCCUGCAAAGUAAUCUUUUUCUCCAGUGAAGGAUCAACUACGGAAAAAGAAAUUCCACUGGUUAGUUUAGACGGUACUGAUGAUUCUUAUCCACCUCAGAGAAAGUCUCUUUUGAUGUUGAAAUAUAUGCAUGAUAACUAUAUCAACAACUUUGAGUGGUUCAUGCGUGCUGAUGACGACAUUUUUGUAAGAGGAGACAAACUUGAAAAUUUUCUACGCUCUGUAAACAGCUCUGUUCCCCAUUUCAUUGGUCAAGCUGGUAUAGGAAAAAAGGAAGACAUAGGGAAACUUGUUUUGAAAAGACAUGAAAACUAUUGCAUGGGAGGCCCUGGAAUUCUAAUCAGCCACACUACCUUGAGGCAUGUUGGUCCACAUGUACACAGUUGUAUUGAAAACUUGCUGACAAGUCAUGAAGAUGUUGAAGUUGGAAGAUGUGUACGCAGAUAUACUGGUUUAUCCUGCACCUGGGCAUUGGAGAUGCAUAGUUUGUUUUACCAUAAUUAUCAGGAAGAGAGAGGUUCAUUUAAAUCAACACUUACGGCCACAAUUGUCAGGAAGGCAUUAACUUUACACCCAAUAAAGGAGCAACAACAUCUGUAUAGAAUACAGAAUCAUUUUCUUUCCUCUCAUAUACAAGAUCUACACCAGAAAAAGAGUAAUUUACAAAGGGAGAUGACUCAAAUUGAACAUAAUUUAGACAUUUUGAAACAAGCAGAUAGUAUCACAAGACAAAAUAUAAUACCUUCAUUGACUAAAUACAAACCAAGAGUAAGAGAUGAAGUCUUGGCAUGGAAUGUCCUGUAUAAAUCUUUUAUUUCUGAUCAUGAUUUAUAUUCGAAAAGUGAUACACCAUUAAAACAUGCUUUAGCAAUUAAUAUCAAUCAAGUUUUACAAAUCAUGAACAAAAAUGCGCGUAAGAAAGGGAAAACAAUAGAUUUUAAAGAUUUAUCAUAUGGAUAUCGUAGAGUUAGUCCCUUUCAUGGUGCUGACUAUAAAUUAGAUCUGUUAAUGGCGUUCUGCAAGCAUAAGGGGGAAGAAAUAACAGAACAAGUAAGAAGACAUGUAUAUCUUCGUCAGCCAUUUGGGGAAGUAGAAUUCAUUGAGGAUCCUUUGACAGCAUCCUCAGACAUUGAAUACAAAGUAUCAAAUUCUCCGUUUACAUUUAGCAGUUUCGGUCAAGGUCGACAAUCAGUGGAAAUCAUUCAUUUUAUUUUGCCACUGGCAGGCAAAGUUCCCGUAUUUAAAAGAUUUAUGCAAAACUAUGCGAACGUAUGUCUCACAAAUAAGGAAACGACGCAGCUUCACAUUGUUGUGUUCAAUAGUGAGUCAGAUUCAUCAUCAGUUAAAUCUGUAAUCGGUAUGGUUCGUCAAUACCAAAAAAGGUACGGUGGUGCCGACAUUGAAGUCAUUUAUGCUGAUGGUCCAUUUAACAGGGCGAAGGUUUUGGAUCUUGGUAUGUCUCAAUUAAGUGAAAACUCUCUACUUUUCUUCAUAGAUGUAGACAUUUUAUUUGAUAGAGAUGCGCUGUUAAGAAUACGUUAUAAUACAAUCAAAAAUAUACAAGUGUACUAUCCUAUAGUCUUUAGCCAGUAUACUCCAUCAUUAAUUUGUUUUAAUUCUGACUCAUGUGACACUAAAUGGACCAAUUUAACAUCUGAUCAUGGAUAUUGGAGAAGCUUUGGUUAUGGCAUUGUUAGUACCUACAAACGUGAUCUCAUUUCUGUCGGUGGGUUAGACACUUCCAUUAAGGGAUGGGGAAAGGAAGACGUUGCUCUCAAUACAAAGUUUGUUGGAAGUAACUUAACGAUAUUCCGUAGCAUAGAUCCCAGGUUAGUCCAUGUUUUCCAUCAAGUCAUCUGUGAUACUAAACUGAACAAUGACCAGUACCAGAUGUGUAAAAUAACAGAAAAAUCUACAUUUGGAUCGCAACGGCAGAUCUCUAAUAUUGUAUUCAGCUUACCGGGUAUUUUACACAAGAAUAAGAUAAGUCAGUUUAUGAAAUAUUUAUUUUUUUAA